GUGGCAGUGGAGCGUCUUCUGAGGAUGAAGGCCCUGUCUCUGUCUCAGCCCGCUGACAGGCCUCUGAGUGCUCAGCCCGGUUCUGUGCCAGGCUCUGUGGGUUACAGAGUCAGCUCCCCAGGCCUCAGCCCCCCUCCAGAGCCCUUGUCUGAGGCUGCCCUCGGAAUCGCCAUCCACCUGCAGGCAGGCGGGGCCGGCUGUCACUGGGAGGAGUGGUCCCCGGUUCCUCUCCCCGCCAUGUACUCUGAGCUCUACUCCUUCUUCGGGGACAGCCUGGCCGUCAGGUUCAGCACAGGUCCGGGCUUCGGCAGCUACCCCCCCUGUGUCCCGUCCCAUUUCAGAGACACCCGGAAGGAGCCCCUCGGCCACGUGUCCAACCCCGACACCACCCGCAAGAUGCCACAGCUGACGGCCAACCUCAACAUCAGCCCCAGGCAGGAUGAGAGCCCCCGCACUGACCCACCCCCACCUAGCCUCGCAGCCACAGGAUCAGGAAGGUCUGUAGCCCGCUCGUCCUCCGUGCAGCGCUCCAGGUCGUCCUCGUCACGUCUGGGCCAGCGCUCAGCAGGUUUGUCUCGGGAGGUUUUUCCCAAAGCUCGCUUYACCUCGCCUCACGCCGGACCCCCGGUGAUCUCCUUCGUUAUCGGCGGAAGGCAGAUGGGUCGGCGCUGCCAAGGCCGCCGCCCCUUUCAGACCACUUUUGCUUUGACUCCGCCUCUUCCUGCCAUUCCUCCACGUGCCUACGCCCACAAACUGCCUGUGAUCGGCAGAGUGGGCAAACCUGUGCGGCGCUGGACCUGCUCGCACUACUCCCUUCACCUGCCUCUGUAGGAGUCAGCACAGUGUUCYUCCUGGAAAGGUUGUCUCUUCUCAUAUUUUUGUAGUGUAAAGCCUAUUUUUGUCUCAGUAAAAAAAGUAGAACUCCUAUAAGACAGCACAAGUCUGGCACCUGGUGUGAUUUGCUCAGGCAGAGCCACACUCAUAUUGCUCUGCAGUUUGUUCCAGACGUGUUUUUCAUUUCUGCUUUUCACUCUAUGAAACCCUGCUUCAUUCAUUCAGGACUGAAAUGACAUUUGUUUUGGAUAAGUGUUGACCUGUUGAAUAAAGGAGACCUGCUCAUUUUUCAGA